AUGAACACCCGCUCUAAGUCCGGGAUUUUUAAGCCCAAUUCGAAGUAUGCUAAUGUGGCUCUAGCUACUUUGUCUACUCCUCAGAAAUCUCCGUUACCUCGUUCUCCGGUCAAAGCCAUUCAAGAUCCUAACUGGUAUAGUGCUAUGUGUGAUGAAUAUAAUGCCAUGAUUGCUACUCAUACUUGGGACUUGGUUCCGAGACCGAAUAAUGUGAAUGUGAUUUGGUGUUUGUGGGUCAUUACCCAUAAGGAGAGAUCUAAUGGUGAGUUUGAGAGACACAAAGCUAGGUUGGUUGCUAAUGGCAAGAGUCAGGAAAUUGGUGUUGAUUGUGGUGAGACUUUUAGUCCGGUGGUGAAACCGGCUACUAUUCGCACGGUUCUCAGUCUGGCUUUUUCCAAACAGUGGUCUAUUCACCAGCUAGAUGUGAAAAAUGCCUUUCUUCAUGGUCAUUUACAGGAAACAGUAUAA